GCACUGGCAGGCGGAUUCUUAACCACUGUGCCACCAGGGAAACCCUCCAGUUGACUUUAUUGAGGGAAAGUUCCUUAAAGUAUAUAUUGAUGUGUCAAAGGGUAUACAAAUUUACAUAUUCUGUUUUGAUAUAUAUCCUGAAGUUAUCUUUCCCCAAAGCUGUAUUAAUUUAAACUGUCAUCAGUAAUGUGAGCCUAUUAAACUAAAAAUAUUUUUUUACGUUAGAAGAACUUUUAAAAUUAAAAAUGCUAAGGAUCACCCUAAAUGGUAUACUAUGUUUUAUUGACCCAAGAUCAUUUUUUGUUCAUGUUUUAAUAUCUGGGUCAGGAUGCAGCUUACAAUGGAUGGUUUCUUGAACUUAGUGAAAAAUUGUACCACUGCUUCUUUAUCCCAGGAUGGCGGCAGGGCGGUUUCAAACUAUUACUCUUCCAGUCCUGAGAUUAAGUUAGACCUGCCCCCAGAAGGCACACUUUCUGCCUUGAAAAUACAAAAUACUGAGACAAAGAAUUGCUAAGAACCUGACUCCCUGCUUGAGCCUGGGGGAAGUAAUAGAGAACAAAACACAAUGUUUCCCCAAAUCUGUUGUCAAAAUCCCUUGCCCUGGCUUUCUCACAGGGGUGAGUGGUAAUAGGUAAACCUGCUAAAAUACUCUAGGCUGUGCCAAUGUAGCAUCGUGUAGAAACCAAAUUGUAAUGGUUUCCUUCCUUUUAAAGUUUUAUAACAAGCUGGAAGCAAUCUAGUACUUGACCUGUGACUCGUAGGAUGCUGUGAUCUCAUAACGGCUAUGAGUAUAUGAAGAAUAAAAGUGAUUUGUCAGAAGGUGAGUUAAUCUCACCCUUCCUGUUAUUGGUGAUUUCAAAAUGAGUUAUGUCAUCCGUGUAAUAAUGUCAGAUCGCCUUUCAUUUACUUACUGUCAUGAGCAAAGUUAGGGGAAGAACAAAAUAGGGUUUCCCGAGAGCUGGAAUCUAAAUUAUUCUAUUCUGUUGAGUUCUUUUUAAAGAAUAGUGAACAUAUUUUUUCUGCUUCACAAAAACAAUACCUAGUCUUGGUAGAAAAAUUAUAAAAAUGCAGGUAAGAAAAAAAAAACACCCUUUAAUUCUCACCCUCACGGUGGUUACUGUCAGGCAUGGUACCAACCCAUGUCUGGGAGUGGGGAGGCUUUUCAAAAAUUUUUGGUUAUUGUAAUGCCUGAGGUUUCUGUUGGUGUUUAGUGCCCUGGGGGCCAGGGAGGCUAAUGUCCUAAAGUGCCUGGGGCAGUACCCAACCAUGAAGAAUUGCUUUGCCAGCUGCCAACAGCACCACCGUUGAGGAACUCUGGGUGAACCACUGUUUACCCCUUGGAGUAAACCAUUCUAGAGUUUCUUAAGUGGUUGUAUGUUACUUAUCUUUUUUUUUUUUUUAAAUGUAGUCACUUGUAAACCACUCCUUGUUUACUGCUGUGACCAUCUGUGCUGGACAUCUUCCAUUUGUCACUUGGAUGCACUCUCCACCCGGCUCUCCACCCUGCAGGCUGACUUGCACGGAUCGUGUCCAGGGUCCCCUCUGAUGUCCCACUGGAUUCCGAUGUCCUCCCGGCACCCGCAGGAGGCUGUUCUGGGACUGCUGGUAUGGACACUGAUCGCUGGAACUGAGUACUUCCGGGUCCCUGCGUUUGGCUGGGUCAUGUUUGUAGCUGUGUUUUACUGGGUCCUCACUGUCUUCUUCCUCAUCAUCUACAUAACGAUGACCUACACCAGGAUUCCCCAGGUGCCUUGGACCACGGUGGGUCUGUGCUUUAAUGGCAGUGCCUUCGUCUUAUACCUCUCAGCCGCUAUUGUGGAUGCGUCUUCUGUCUCCCCGGAGAGGGACAGUCACAACUUCAACAGCUGGGCAGCCUCGUCGUUCUUCGCCUUCCUGGUCACCAUCUGCUAUGCUGGAAACACAUAUUUCAGUUUUAUAGCUUGGAGAUCCAGGACCAUACAGUGAUUCGCCAUUUUGAGAAUUAAAAGGGAAAAAAAAAAAGGAAGAAUCUCCCUGUAAAAACAGCUGUAGGUAUAAUGUAUAUUUCCAGAGAAUUGUAUUUAACUAAUGUUUUUAUAUACUUAGUUAAAUUUGCUCACAGUGGUUUGUUAUAAUUAAACUGGAUACUUAUUUGCAAAGUGCUGUAGCUUAUAAUGAAUCUUAAAGAUCUUGUUGAUGUCUUCAUAGACCUUAUUUUCUUAGGCAAUGUAUUAGAAAUAGAUAAAUUGCUAAUAUUAAGAAUGCAUCAAGUUUGUAAACCUAACUUUUAAAAAUGCCAGAUUCUUUUUUCAUUAAAUGUUUCGCAAUCC